AUGGGGAGUUUCAAAGGUCAUGCCCUCCCUGGAAGCUUCUUCUUCAUCAUGGGUAUUUGGUGGGCUCUAAAAUGUGUUCUGAAGUAUGCUUGCAAAAGGCAGAAGCGGACUUCCUAUCUCGGUUCCAAAGCAUUAUUUCAUCGAAUAGAUAUUUUGGAGGGAAUCCUAGUAAUCUGCAUGGCUUUAAUUGGUAUGCUCGGGGAACAGUUUAUUGUUGGAGGGCCCCACCUGUCUUUGUAUGACUAUAAAAAAGGCCAAUGGGUCCAACUCCUGGGCUGGCAUCAUACUACCAUGUAUUUCUUCUUUGGGCUGCUGGGUGUAGCAAACAUCUUAUGUUCUAUCAUCAGCUCACUUCCUGCCUCUUUAAGCAAGUUAAUGUUGUCGAACGCCUUAUUAGUGGAGGCUUUUAUUUUCUUCAACCACACACAUGGCCGGGAAAUACUGGACGUCUUUGUGCACCAGCUGCUGGUCUUGGUCAUCUUUUUGGCAGGCCUGCUUGCCUUCUUGGAGUUCUUCAUGCGCCACAAUGUAAUUUUGGAGCUUCUGCGUGUAAGCUUUAUCCUGCUUCAGGGGAGCUGGUUCUGGCAGAUUGGUUUUGUCCUUUAUCCCCCUAGUGGAGGUCCUGCAUGGGAUCUAAUGGAUCAUGACAACAUUAUGUUUCUCACCAUAUGCCUUUGUUGGCAUUAUGCCUUCACCUUUAUCGUCAUUGGAAUGAUUUAUGCUUUUGUCACCUGGUUGGUUAAAUCGCGAUUUAACAGUUUCUACCCCUCAGAAGUUGGACUCCUGAAACAUGCUGAACGAGAACAAGAAUCAGAAGAAGAGAUGUGA